AGGACGGUUUUUGGAAUUGUGGUUUGCAUAACGUUACUAAAGCUUUUGAAAUAUCUAACGUGAAUUGUUCUAUUAAUAAUUCUCAUAAUGUAACGAGAGAACUAAGUCACUAUUUCUGUCAAUAUGCGUUUAGAGUGACAGGACGGUGUCUACAUAAAACAAGCAAACGAACAAAAAAAUUUGCUACCUAAAUUAGCAAACUAGAGUUAGCUAAGUAGUGGCAGGUUAGCCAAUAACACAGGCAAGGCGAUACAAUAGCUCUGCUUCGAUAUUACAUUCCCUUUCUGGCGUUGGACACAUUUAACUGCGUUAUCGCGCGUUUAUUUGUCGACAUGGGGUCUCAUAAACAGCAGAGCAGCAGUCUCUCAAGCCGCUCCCUCACACCCACGGUAAAGAGCUACAAAUUCCACCUGGCAGCGGUGAAAACAUUACUACCUGAUAGACCCAUACAGAGACCUAUUGACCUACGGUUGUCAAAACACCCCACAAAAGCUAACAUGGACGCCCUCAGAGCUAAUCCAUCAAGACAAGACAGCAGGCCAGCUACGCACUGCAGACCCCUCCACCCACCAGUGCUUGCCUUUGUAAAUGAGUUGGUGGGGCCAGAGUGGACUCUUUUGCCCCCUGCAUGGGUAAAAGGAGGCAGAGGGUCCCCAGCACACAGGGGCAGAGCUCCUCAAGCCGUAGGCAGUGCAGGAACGACCUACUCCCUCAGCAAGGCUCCUCUCCUCCUGCGCACUUUCGGCGAUGCGCUGGCGAUGAGCAACAGGUCCACCCCAGCACGCUCCAGGGAUGACUGCUCUCCCAGCCUGGAGCGUCUGGAUCUGGACCAUCAUGGACUGACUGAAUGCCCAAGUCUGGACACGAUGUGUAAGCUCCGCCUCCUCAACCUGCAGCACAACCUCCUCUCUCACCUCCCACACCUGGCUCACCUGCGACGCCUUGCCAUCCUGGACCUCUACGACAACCGCCUGACCGACAUGUCUGCCAUCUCCGCCCUCCCCUCGCUCCGUGUGCUCAUACUCGGAAAGAACGGAAUUCAGAGAAUAUCGGGUCUGGACAGUUUGACUAAGCUCAAUGUGCUUGACUUGCAUAGCAACCAGAUCAGCGUGAUCGAGAACGUGUCGCACCUGUCGGAGCUGCGUGUGCUAAACCUUGCGGGGAACCACAUCACCAGGGUGGAGAAGCUGCAGGGCCUGGACUCGCUGACCGAACUCAACCUACGCUGCAACCGCAUCUCCACCGUGACCGAGGUAGACCGACUGCCGUGUCUCCAGCGCCUGUUCCUCAGCACGAACAGCAUCUGCAGUUUUGAUGAGCUGGCUUGUUUGGGAGACUCGUGCUCUCUGAGUGAGCUCACCCUGGAUGGGAACCCAGUAGCUCAGGAGUCAUGCUACAAACAGACCACACUCCGCUGUCUGCUCCCACUACGGCCGCUCGACAUGAAGCGCAGCACAGAGGAAGAGAGGCGCGUGGCGAGUCUUUUAGCACGAAAGGAGGAUGAGAAGAAACGUGAGGGCCACAAACAGGCUGCACACAAGGAGAAGCGACGUCUGGCGAUCCGUAAUGCUGCACAACAGUGGGAGGGGUCAAAGGCCUGCCUGGAGCUUCCUGCCCAGAACGGUGCCAAGGAAGAGCUUAGCCCUGAGAACAGCCCCGCCCACAGCCCCGCACAGUCCAAUGGCAUUGCUCAAGAUCCCUCGCCCGAUGAACUGAGGCGAGAAAGAGGGAGUCCUCUCACGGUCCCAGAGCGUCCAGCAGGGGGCAGUGAGAGCAGGUUGCGUUUUACCAGCCGGCCCAGCAGCCCUCGAGACCCCAGAACCCAGGAGGCUGGGGCUGCCGGCGUGCAGAGCCUGUCCCUGUCCGAGAACCACGUGGCAGAGCUGGACGGGGAGACAGUGCGCCUGUUCGGUCUGGGGGCCCUCGACACCCUGGAGCGGGGCUGGGGUGUGCAGACAGCCGGGGCCGUCACCACCAUCGCCUUUCGCUACAUCCACUUCGACAGUAUUGCCCCCACCCUUCCUCGCGUCCGCCUCAAGUUCCCCAAUCUCACGCACCUGGUCUUCAUGGAGACUAACAUAACCCGACUGCAGCAGCUAGCAGCUCUGGCGCAGGUCCGGAGGCUGGAGCAGGUCACUAUCCACCCGGAUGGGAACCCCGUGGUAGGCCUGACGCUGUGGAGGGCCUUCCUCAUCUACAGGCUCAACCACCUCAGCCUUCAGAAGAUCAAUGGCACGGAGGUGACCACGAAUGACAUCAUGGCGUCAGAGCGGGUGUUUGGGACUCUAGGCUACGUGGCGUCCACAGAAACACCGCGCUGCCGUUUGCUGCUGCAGCUGGAGGAGUCUAGGAAGAGGCAGCUACAGUUUCUGUUGGAGGGCCGGGGCCACAGGGCCGGUCUGAGCCUGGAGGAGCUCAGGGAAAACGGGAAGCUGCUGGGUGAAAGUGUGAGCCGCGCACUGUUCAACUACCCCAGCAGAGAUGUCAGCUCCGACUGCCCUGAGGCACCCCAGGGCGGCGGUGGCGGGCGUGGCGAGGCGCUGGAGUGUGCCUCUGCGGUGGAGCAGUACCUGCGAGGCCUGGGGAACAGCGCAUGCAGCACCAGCCUGAAGGGUGAGGCCCUGCAGAAGCUCUGGCCCGCCAUGUUUGUGGAGAUGGUGCGAGACUGUGUCCUGGAGACGAGGGACAUGCCCACAUACAGGCGCGCCUGCCUUAGCAGGCUUGCUCAGAGCAAAUGAGAGAGAGAGAGAGAGAGAGAGAGAGAGAGAGAGAGAGAGAGAGAGAGAGAGAGAGAGAGCGCAAUGGAGUGGGAGGUGCAUGGAAAAAAAUGAAAGUGUGACUCCAUGCAUAGCCUGCCCAGGAAAAACAACAUUCCCUCCAUUUCUAUAUCUAUGCCCUUGUCCCCGCCCUAUUCCAUGCCCACACUUUCCCGCACCUUGUCUCCGCCCUCUUCCGCACCUUCUCCGUGUCUUUCUGUUUUUCUUAUCCUUUUUUUUCCUCCAGAAUCAGGGUCUCCUAUGGAGAGAUAUGUUCAAACAUGCAGGUCUGUUACUUUAUCGUUAUGGAUUCUGGACUCGUCCUGGACGUUUUCCGCCAGGUUUCCAGCCCAGGGAGACACAGGGAUUUUCUCCAAGGACACUCUAAGCUGAGACUUUUACUCAGGACUUCUCUGGUUGAGGGAGAGAGAGACAUGUCUGAAUGUCUGAAUGACAUUUGAAAGAUGCCAUGCCUGUAGAUGUUUUUACGUUUGUUCACGCACUACAAGUGUACCUGAACAGAACUUGUCGGAACUCGGGGUCUUCCUAAUGGUGCUGCUAACGUAGUUCAGUCCCUGAACAACAAUCCAGUCCGGUUCUUAUCUGCCCUCCGCGCCACCGAGAAAGACUGCACCAGCCAGGCUUUCUUCAUACUUCCCCUCCCUUCUCCAAGCCUCACAGUGCUGGACGAGACCCAAAUGACUUUUAUUCUUCUCGCACAGAGAUUUUUUUUGUUCUGUAUUUUAGGGGUUAUUAAAAGAGAAUGAUGAAGAUUCAAGUGUCCCACGCAUGAGAAAUGAAAAGAAAGCACUGUGUGUUUCCAAAAUCAACAGCAGCUAACAGAGAUGCUGCAUCAGUAGUGAGCUGAGACUGAAGGUGCCAUACUGAAUGCAGUGUGUGAUAUACUGAAUGCAAUGUGUGCUAUACUGAAUGUAGUGUGUGAUAUGUUGAAUACAGUGUGUGCUAUACUGAUUGAAGUGUGUGCCAUGCUGAAUGCAGUGUGUGAUAAGUUGGAUACAGUGUGUGCCAUAAUGAAUGCAGUGUGAUAUACUGAAUGCAGUGUGUGAUAUACUGAAAUCAGUGUAUGCCAUGCUGAAUUUAGUGUGUGCCAUAAUGAAUGCAGUGUGUGUCAUAAUGAAUGUAUGUAUCUACUGAA